AUGCGGAUCUGGUCGUGGGAACAAUGUGGGGAGACUAGCCUGGUGCUACUGGGGUUCCUCACCCUGGGAUUGUCUGUAGGGAACCUCUCAACCAGGGGACAGGAGGAUGGGGGAGCCUCCAACAGUCUGGAGGAUGAGCUGGAGUCCACCACAUACUGGUGGGGGGAGUGGGCCAAGUGGACCGCCUGCACGCGUACCUGUGGAGGUGGGGUCAUGUCCCAGGAGAGGCACUGUCUCAAACAGAGAAAGAAAGCAGUCGCUGGUAGAGACAACAUGACCUGCACUGGCACUUCGAAAAAAUACCUCCUCUGUAACACCAAGGACUGCCCUUCCUCUGGGAGAAGCUUCAGGGAAGAGCAGUGCUGGUCGUUCAACUCACAGGUCUACAAUGGCAGGAACUACCACUGGAAACCCCUGUAUCCGGAUGACUAUGUCCAUAUCUCCAGUAACCCAUGUGACCUGCACUGCACCACAGCCGACGGCCAGAGACAGCUGAUGGUUCCUGCCCGAGACGGAACAUCCUGCAAGUACAGCAACUACAGAGGGGUCUGUGUGGACGGCAGAUGUGAGCCAAUCGGGUGUGAUGGAGUGCUCUUCUCGCCCAAUACACUGGAUACGUGUGGAGUGUGUCAGGGGGAUGGCAGCAGCUGCAGCAGGGUCAAUGGAAACUUCCGCCGCGAGGCCACCAGUUUGGGUUACUCCUUUAUCACAACAAUCCCUGAGGGUUCCUGGGACAUCCAGAUCAUUGAGAGGAAGAAGUCAGCUGAUGUUUUGGCUGUGACUGAUCAGGCGGGGAACUUCUUUUUCAAUGGAAACUACAAGGUGGACAGCCCCCAGAACUUCCAUGCAGCGGGUACCGUCUUCAAGUACCGGCGGCCCAUGGAUGUGUAUGAGACGGGAAUCGAGUACAUCGUAGCCAAAGGGCCCAUCAACCAGGCCAUCAAUGUUCUGGUGUGGAACCAGAAUGGUCGUAUCCCUUACAUUACGUACGAGUACACCGUCCUACGGGAGUCCCUGUCCCCCAUCCCUCAACCCCCUGUCUACACCGGCCCCAACAGCACCACCCCUGGGGUUUCCGUGGAAAUGGGCAGUAUGGUGGCCCCCAACGAGAGCAUGUAUGACAAGGCGAUACCUGAGCCUCAGCAGAACCGUUUGUUGAAGAAGGGGGCCGAGAUGGCAGGGGCCGAGGGCCAGGAGACCAAUGAGGUGUAUGAGGAGACAGCAGCCAUUGACUGUGACCAGGACAGCCCAACCCUUCCACAAUACACAGAUGGCAACAGCAGUCACACAAGCAGUGUAGCAGUCCCUGCCCCGGCAGCCAGCAGGCCUUUAGAGGAGGUGCCAGACCCAGAGAACCUCAUCUGGAGAGUCUUGCUGGGCGAGCGGAUUGGUCCAGAUGUGGGAGAGGGACUGUUCUCGUCAGAGGUGGGGCCAUUGGAGGUAGACCAUAGCAGUGUGAAGUUCCCCCUCAAAAGCUCACUGGGGGAGUUCAGUCUGGCCCGGCGGAGGAAUGAUUCUGGAGACCUGCUGUUCCCCAACAGGACGUUGCUGACAGGGAUGAGGAGCAACAACCGUACCAACAGAACCAGGACUAAUCGCCUGGGACGUUGCUGUAAUGCUGUGUUUGACAGGACCAAUCAUCUGAGACCUUGUUGUCAUGUUGUGUUUGACAUAACCAUUCGUGUGAGACCUUGUUGUCAUGUUGUGUUUGACAUAACCAUUCGUGUGAGACCUUGUUGUCAUGUUGUGUUUGACAUAACCAUUCGUGUGAGACCUUGUUGUCAUGUUGUGUUUGACAUAACCAUUCCUGUGAGACCUUGUUGUCAUGUUGUGUUUGACAGGACCAUUCAGAGGUUCCUGCAGAAGAACUUCAAGCUGAGCCCUGCAGACAUGUACCGCUGGAAACUGUCUUCUCAGGAACCCUGCACCUCCACCUGCUCUAUAGGAGUGUCAAAGUCCUUUGCCAUGUGUGUGCGCUACGAUGGAGCUGAGGUAGAUGACAUGCAGUGUGACAAUAUGACCCGACCUGAGCCUGUUCAUGACUUCUGCAUUGGGAGGGAGUGCCAGCCCAGGUGGGAGGCCAGCAGUUGGAGUGAAUGUUCUCGUACUUGUGGUGAGGGCUUCCAGUUCCGUCUGGUGCGCUGCUGGAAGAUGCUGUCCCCCGGGCUGGACAGCUCUGUGUACAGUGAUCUCUGCACCGUGGCAGAACUGGAGAGGCCCCUGGAGCGCCGUGCCUGUAAGAGCCCCACCUGUGGCCCCCAAUGGGAGGUGGCCGAGUGGACUGAGUGUCCAGCCAAGUGUGGCCACAGGGCCCAGGUGACCCGGGAGGUCAGGUGUUCAGACGAAACCAAGUUAUGUGAUCCCCCGACCCGCCCCCCUAACAUUAAGAACUGCACAGGCUCGCCCUGCGAACGCCAGUGGACUGUGUCAGAGUGGGGGCCAUGCUCGGGGUUGUGCGGCCAGGGGAAGAUGGUACGCCACGUGUACUGUAAGACACCAGAGGGCCGUGUGGUGCCUGAAUCUCAGUGCUCUCCGGAGAAUAAGCCCCUGGCCAUCCAUCCCUGUGGGGAGAAGGACUGUGCCCCACACUGGCUCACUCAGGACUGGGAGAGGUGUAACACGACAUGUGGCCGCGGUGUGAAGCGGAGGAUCGUGCAAUGCGCCGGCAUCACCGCUGGGAAGUUUCAGACCCAUGACAACGAGGACUGUGGUGCCAGUGAGAGGCCAGAGGACGAGAACACCUGCUUUGAGAGGCCCUGUUUCAAGUGGUACACCACACCCUGGUCUGAGUGCACUAAGAUGUGUGGUGUGGGUGUUAGGAUGAGAGAUGUAAAGUGCUACCAGGCUAGGGAGAUCGUGAGAGGGUGUGACUCCCUGACCAAGCCUGUGGCCAAGCAGACCUGCGCCCUGCAACCCUGUCCCACUGAACCCCCAGAUGAGAGCUGUCAGGACCGACCCACCACCAACUGCUCUCUAGCUCUGAAGGUGAACCUGUGCAGUCACUGGUACUACAGCAAGGCUUGCUGCCAUUCCUGCAGGGCCCAGCACACCUCUUAGUAUUGCCUGACACCCCCAAAGCCUUUCCCCCAUAGUAGGCUACUCUACUUCACCACAGUAAGUUACUCUACUACACCACACUAGGCUACUCUACUACACUACAGUAGACUACUCUACAGUAAAUUACUCUACUACACCACAGUAGGUUACUCUACUUCACCACAGUACGUUCCCCACAGUAAGUUAUUCUACUACACCACAGUAGACUACCCUACUUUACCACAGUAAGUUACUCUACUACACCACACUAUGCUACUCUACUACACCACAGUAGGGCUACUCUACUACACCACAGUAGGCUACUCUACUACACCACAGUAGGUUACUCUACUACACCACACUAGGCUACUCUACUGCACCCCAGUAGGCUACUCUACUCUACCACACUAGACUACUCUGCUACACCACACUAGGCUACUCUACUACACCACACUAGGCUACUCUACUACACCACACUAGGCUACUCUAAUACACCACACUAGGCUACUCUACUACACCACAGUAGGCUACUCUACUGAACCCUAGUAGGCUACUCUACUACAUCACACUAGGCUACUCUACUACACCCCAGUAGGCUACUCUACUGCACCCCAGUAGGCUACUCUACUACACCACACUAGGCUACUCUACUACACCACACUAGGCUACUCUACUACACCCCAGUAGGCUACUCUAUUACACCACACUAGGCUUCUCUACUACACCACACUAGGCUACUCUACUACACCACACUAGGCUACUCUACUGCACCACAGUAGGCUACUCUAUUACACCACAGUAGGCUACUCUACUACACCACACUAGGCUUCUCUACUACACCACACUAGGCUACUCUACUACACCACACUAGGCUACUCUACUGCACCCCAGUAGGCUACUCUACUACACCACACUAGGCUACUCUAUUACACCACGCUAGUCUACUCUACUACACCACAGUAGGCUACUCUACUACACCACACUAGGCUACUCUAC